AAUUAGGAGGAUUCGAUGAAAGGACAUCGAUUCAAAUCUUGGAUUUUUGAAUUGAGAGAGAUAUUGAGAGAAAUCAAGAAUUCUCGCUAUUUCUUAGAUUCAUGGACCCAAUUAAAUUCAGCGGGAUUUUUCAUUCAUAUUUUUUUCCAUCAAGAGAGUUUUAUAAAACUCUUGGACUCCCGAAUUUGGAGUAUCCUACUUUCACGCAAUUCACAGGGUUCAACAAGCAAUCGAUAUUUCACGAUCAAGUAUGUAGUACUCUUUGUAGUAGCGGUCCUUAUAUAUCGUAUUAACAAUCGAAAAAUGGUCGAAAGAAAAAAUCCCUAUUUGACAAGGCUUCUUCCUAUACCUAUGAAUUCCAUUGGACCCAAAAAUGAUACAUUGGAAGAAUCAUCUGAGUCUUCCAAUAUCAAUAGGUUGAUUGUUCCGCUCCUGUAUCUUCCAAAAGGAAAAAAGAUCUCUGAGAGUUCUUUCCUGGAUCCGAAAGAGAGUACUCGGGUUCUCCCAAUAACUAAAAAGUAUAUCAUGCCUGAAUUUAACUGGGGUUCGCGGUGGUGGAGGAACUGGAUAGGAAAAAAGAGCGAUUCUAGUUGUAAGAUAUCUAAUGAAACCAUCGCUGGAAUUGAGAUCUCAUUCAAAGCGAAAGAUAUCAAAUAUCUGGAGUUCCUUUUUGUAUAUUAUAUGGAUGAUCCGAUCCGUAAGGACCAUGAUUGGGAAUUUUUUGAUCGUCUUUCCCCGAGAAAGAGGCGAAACAUAAUCAACUUGAAUUCGGGACAGCUAUUCGAAAUCUUAGUGAAAGACUGGAUUUAUUAUCUCAUGUUUGCUUUUCGUGAAAAAAUACCAAAGGAAGUGGAGGGUUUCUUCAAACAACAAGGGACUGGGUCAAUUAUUCAAUCAAAUGAUAUUGAGCAUGUUUCGCAUCUCUUCUUGAGAAACAAGCGGGCUAUUUCUUUGCAAAAUUGUGCUCAAUUUCAUAUGUGGCAAUUCCGUCAAGAUCUCUUCGUUAGUUGGGGGAAGAGUCCGCACGAAUCGGAUUUUUUGAGGAACAUGUCACGAGAGAAUUGGAUUUGGUUAGACAAUGUGUGGUUGGGAAACAAGGAUCGGUUUUUUAGCAAGGUACGGAAUGUAUCAUCAAAUCUUCAAUAUGAUUCCACGAGAUCUAGUUUCAUUCAAGUAACGGAUUCUAGCCAAUUGAAAGGAUCUUCUGAUCAAUCCAAGGAUUCUUUCGAUUCCAUUAGGAAUGAGGAUUCGAAAUAUCACACAUUGAUCAAUCAAAGAGAGAUUCAACAACUAAAAGAAAGAUCGAUUCUUUGUUGGGAUCCUUCCUUUCUUCAAACGGAACGAACAGAGAUAGAAUCAGAGCGAUUCCUUAAAAUCCUUUCUGGAUAUUCCUCAAUGUGCCGACUAUUCAUGGAACGUGAGAAGCAGAUGAAUAAUCAUCUGCUUCCGGAAGAAAUCGAAGAAUUUCUUGGGAAUCCUGCAAGAGCCACUCGUUCUUUUUUCUCUGACAGAUGGUCAGAACUUCAUCUGGGUUCGAAUCCUACUGAUAGGUCUACUAGAGAUCAGAAAUUGUUGAAAAAAGAACAAAAGAAACAUCUUGCUUUUUCCAGGCGAUCGGAAAAGAAAGAAAUAGUGAAUUUAUUCAAGAUAAUUAUGUACUUACAAAAUACCGCCUCAAUUCAUCCUAUUUCAUCCUAUCGAGGAUGUGAUAUGGUUCCAAAGGGUGAACUAGACAGUUCCAAUAAGAUUUCAUUCUUGAACAAAAAUCCGAUAUACUUUUUGGAGGGAGGGUCCCAUUGGCGUGCAUCCAGUAGGAAUUGAACCUACGAAUUCGCC